AUGGUCGGUCAAGGCGGGUAUUCGGAAGUAUACAAAGGCAAUCUUUCUGAUGGAAGAACCAUUGCUGUGAAGAGGCUGGCAAAGGACAACAAAAGUGCAAACAAAGAGAAAGAAUUUCUAAUGGAAUUGGGCAUAAUUGGGCAUGUAUGCCAUCCCAAUACCGCAACUUUAGUCGGUUGCUGCAUAGAAAAUGGACUUUAUCUGAUAUUCAACUUCUCCCAGAAUGGCAAUCUGGAAUCUGCAUUACAUGGAAAAAGAACCAAGUCCCUGGAUUGGCCUGUGAGAUACAAGAUUGCCCUGGGAGUUGCCAGGGGUCUUCAUUAUCUUCACAAAUGCUGUAAGCACCGCAUAAUUCACCGCGACAUAAAAGCCUCAAAUGUCCUUCUUGGACCGGAUUACGAGCCCCAGAUUGCUGAUUUUGGACUUGCAAAAUGGCUUCCGAAUAAAUGGACUCACCAUGCUGUGAUCCCAAUUGAGGGCACAUUUGGCUACUUGGCACCGGAAUACUUUCUGAACGGAAUUGUUGACGAGAAAACUGAUGUUUUUGCAUUCGGAGUUCUUCUCCUCGAGAUCAUUACCGGGCGAAAACCUGUCGAUUCAUCGCAGCAAAAUCUUCUCUUAUGGGCAAAGCCCUUCAUGGAAUCCGGAAACAUCACAGAACUAAUUGAUCCGAGCCUGGAAGAUAAAUAUGAUUCAGAUCAAAUGCACAGACUAGUGCUAGCUUCUGCCUAUUGCGUGCGACAAUCCUCGGCUUGGCGCCCAUCAAUGAGCGAGGUGUUGGAGUUACUGACAAAAGGGCAUGAUUCUGAAGCUGCAAAGAACUGGAGGAUGCCAAAGUGUACUUCUGAUUCGGAUGAGUUGAACGAUUUCUCCAUGUUUUUUGGAUAUCAUGUGCCAACAGAUAUUGAUUUGGAGGAGUUUCUGUAGAGAAAUAUUUUAGUCAAUUUUUUUUUUUUUUUUAAUUUCUCUUACAAUUGCAAAGGAUUCUGCUGACAUGAAUUAAAGAGAUUUAGGUGACUGAGUAGAAGAUCCAGCAGAACUGGCUUCCUUUCAAUGUAACUUUUA